GACGACCUCGACGUCAAUCGCGCGGUCCAUUUGACCCAAUCUCACGUGGCUGAGGAGGAGAAGAAAUCGGGAAAAUAGAAACAUGUCCUGUAUUCAUGUGCGUUGUGGAAUGUGUUUUUCUUUGCCCAGGAUGGAUCUCAGCACUGACAAGGGAAAUGCGAGCCCCCUCAGAGGACCAAGCCACAGCAGACGGCCGCCUUUGCUUAUCUCUACACAUCUUCUCAUCCCAAUCUCAAUAUCUGCUUGAACAGACUUGAACGAAGCGAUUACAGGCGCGCUUAUCUGCUCCCUGAUCACGGGUCCGGCCAUGACACUUCUUCGAAACUUUCGAAGGAGGGCGGGUGGAUUGUUAGACCCAUCUGUGGCUAGCUUUCGCACCAUCUCGGCCGCCUGGACGGGAGUGGAACAGGCGAAUCUACGCGCUUAUGAAAUGACUGGUUGUUAUCGGGACUUUGCGUAGGACUUCGCCGCACCCUAGCCGGUAUUCAUAACAAGCGUGAGAGAUCGUAGCUUGGUCGAAGAUAAACUUCCGCCCACUGGUGUGCCCUUCCCACAACCCCUGCUUCCUCCCUUCUGCCUUUGAUAACGACUGGCCAUGGGGUUCGUCAGCCUCAAGAACGUGGUGAAGCGAGUCGAUAACUCGGGCGACGAUAGCGAUAUCGGGACCUCGACAUGGUACAACAAAGAUCUGGUCCCCGCUCGACCAGAACUGCGGCGAUGGAAAGCGCACACCUACGUCUCAUUCUGGUGGGCGUCCUCCUUCAACCAGGCGGAAUGGGCUGCGGGCGCGUCGCUGAUUGCGGUGGGCCUCACGUUCCGGCAAAGCAUGGCCUGCGCCGUGCUCGGCGCCAUGCUCUCCGCCGUCGCGAUGGUGGUCACCGCGCGCCCGGGCGCGCUGGUGCACGUCGGCUACCCACCGCUCUUGCGCAGCUCGUUUGGUAUGUGGGGCUCGCGCGUGUUUGUCGCCUUGCGUGGAGGGGUGGCCAUCAUUUGGUUCGGCGUGCAAAGCUAUUUCGCGAGUGAGCUGCUCGAUGUGGCAUUCAGAUGCAUAUUCGGGCACAAAUGGACCGACAUCCCGAAUCAUCUCCCGGCUAAUGCUGAGAUCACCUCUCGCGGGCUUGUGGCCUUCCUCCUGAUCUGGCUCGCCCAAGGCCCGUUUAUUCUCAUUCACCCGUCAAAGAUACACUGGCUGUGGCCGCUCAAAGCACUGAUAAUUCCCCCGGCCAUUUUCGGCUUCUUCAUCUGGGCUGUAACACAGGCAGGCUCGGACUGGGGAACGUUCAAUACGAAUGUGACGGCGGCACCGGCAAAGGGAGCCGCAUUGGGAUGGGCCAUCAUGAGUGGCAUAAAUACGGUCAUGGGAACGCUUAGUCCGAUGAUUUUGAAUCAGCCUGACAUUGCGCGCUACGCGAGACGCCCGCGAGACGCCGGUUGGCCGCAGGGCCUAUCAAUGCUUGUUAUCAAAACUCUGAUCUUCUUCCUCGCCAUGUCUACAGCCUGUGCGCUGGAAGUUCUCUACGGCAAGGCAUAUUGGAACAUGUGGGACCAACUCAACGCAGUCCUCGACGCGCAUUGGACGGCCAAAUCGCGCACCGGGUGCUUUUUCGUCGCGUUCUCCAUGUGUCUCGGCACAAUCGGCACCAAUCUGUCCGCCAACUCGAUCCCGUUCGGCGCCGACAUGGCCGGUACGUUUCCACGCCACCUGACCAUCGUGCGCGGCCAGAUCGUAGUAUGGAUUCUGGGCUUUGCGAUUGUGCCGUGGAAAUUCCUCACCAGCGCGGCCAAGUUCAUCACCUUCCUCGGCUCCUACACGGUGCUGGUGGGUGCGAUUCUGGGCCCGAUGAUCGUCGAUUACUAUGUCGUGAGGCGUGGAAAGUGCGUGUUUGUUUGCGUGAAUGACCUGAUAGUACUUGAUGAUUUCUCCAGUGUGCAUGUGCCCUCGUUAUAUGACGGCAGCCGCGGGUCCUUGUAUUGGUUCUGGGGCGGGUUCAACCUCCGCGCCAUCGCAGCAUGGUGCGUCGGAACCGGCCUAACCAUCUCUGGCAUCGCAGCCGGUUUCACGCCGGGCUCCGUCAACUCUGCCUCGGUGGAUCUGUACAGUCUCGGCUGGCUGCUGUCCGUCGUGGCAUCCGGCACCACCCACUACGUGCUCAAUCGGCUCUUCCCCGUCCCCAUCGCACCGCGCGAUCGGCCCAGCGGGGCACAGCCGUUCGAGUAUCUCGCGAAGAAAGAGGGAUUCUACGACGAGGAUCUGCCCUGGGAUGUCACUGCUGGGCCGGCCACGAUAGUCGACACGCCGUCUGUGAGCGAUGAGGACAGCGUGAAGAAAUUCGAGGAGGAGUCGAAAGAAGCUGGUGUCUAGAGUCAGAGCGCCUCAGACGAAAUGGUGCAGUUAUUUUGGUCUCACAUUUUGUAUAACAUCCGAGCCGUACUACCUCGAGAAAUUUGGUUGAGAUUUGAACGCUCCUCAGGACGCCGGACCUCACUAGUCCCGCGCUGGGGAAGUGCCAAUAGUGUGUCUUCACCCUUCCGGGGAAUACACAUUACAGGGACCCUUGCUGGAUAGGGGAAUGUCG